GAAAACAGUAGUUCUCAGAAUCUCUUCAGUCCAGAGUCAAACUCUCUUCACUCCAGAGCUCUUCUUCAUACUUUCCUCUGAAGGCCAUAUACAGAGAUGAUGUGCUCAAUGCUGCUGUGGGCAUCAGUGAAAACAGUUGGGCUGCUUUUUCUUGCCAUACCAGGGUCUCUGGGUCAGGAUCGGACCGUGACUCACAUCCCAAGCAAAAUAUGUGCACUUCAUCAUACCUCUGUGGUGUUACCCUGCAAACUCACUUACCCUAGUAGUGAAGUGGUCACUACUUCUGUAUGGCACUAUAAGAAGCAGAAGAAUGUGGAGCCUGUGGUUGUUUCUGUGGUCCGGGCAUUUGGAGAACAUGUGGAGGACUGCUCUCUCCCCCUGAAUAAUGUGAUGCAGGGAAAUGCUGGCAUCUAUCAGUUUAGCUUCAUGACCAACAGCUCCACACAGAACCUGACCAAUGAAGACGGAGUAACGCUGGAGAUUACAGACCUGAAGAUGGAGAUAGUGUCAAAGUCAGACGUUGUGUUGGAGGGAGAAUGGGUGAUGCUGUUCUGUGGCACCUGCAUCCCUUCCCUCACUCUACCGACCUACAUCUGGCAUAAAGACGGACGUCCACACAGUCACACACAUGGUGUCAACCAGCUGGAGUUACAGGAGGCCAAACCGGAGGACUCAGGCAGCUACUCAUGCUCCAUAAGUGGCCGCGAAGGCCUGCCCUCCUCAACUGUGAACGUCACAGUCCAGUGGCCUCCAAAGAACAUCUCCGUGUCCAUCUGUUCCUCUGGUGAAAUGGUGGAGGGGACUUCAGUGAAUCUGACCUGCAGCAGUGAUGCAAACCCACCUGUGAAGAUCUACACCUGGUUUAAAGUAGGUGGAACCUCACCUGUAGGAUCUGGACAGACUUACAGUUUCAACUUAAACUCCAGAAGUGGUGGGUUGUACUACUGCAAGGUUCAGAAUGAACAUGGAUCUCUUAGAUCAGCUUCAGUGCCUGUCGUUUUAAAUGGUGAGACCCUUGAUUUGGUAUCAUAA